AUGGCAGCCUUCAUCCUCCGGGCUGCCAUGGGCGGCGGAAUCCCGGGAGGCGCCGGCAAUCCGCUCCCCACCAUCGACCUCUCCGGCGUGUUUGACGCCUGCCGAACGAAACCCGAGGCGCCGGACAACAAAUUCGUCAACGCGCCUCCGCCGCAGGAGGGGCCUCUGUAUCUUCGCAUGCUUUUUCUGUCUGGCUCGGAUCUUCCCGCAGGAGACAUCACUGGGACUUCGGAUCCCUACGUCGACGUGCGCUUCGGCGGCCAAGUGUUCUGUUCGCCUCCUCAGAUGUCCACGCUCAACCCUGUGUGGGACUACUUGCUAGAAACGGAAGUCAAGGAGCCCGGCGUCAUGAGGGUGACGGUAUACGACCAGGACUUUGGCCGCCAGGGCGACAGGCUCGGCGAUUGCGAGAUCCAGAUUCCCAAGACGCCGAUGAAAAUCAAGAAGGAGACGGUGUCGCUCCACCACGUCCUCUCCAGCUUCCUGAAAAAGCCUCCCAACAGCCGCAUUACUAUCCUCUACCACAUUGUGGACCGGCUAGACGACCAGCCCGAUCUCCUCGAGAUGUCCAAGCAAAUCGGCGAAGCUGGAGGCGAGGCCGCAACACCCCAGGACUACACGGUUCGCGUCAAUAUUCUCGAGUCUGGUCACCCAUCCGUACGCGCCGACAUGCUGUCAGCCAUCCGCGUUUCUGUCGGCGACAAGUCGCAGGUGACAGGCCUGGGGCGCCCAGAGGGUCUCCGCUACGCGUACGGGCCUCGAGGCAUGGGCUCGCAGCUGGACUUUUUCCUGUAUAACAGCACGCUCGAGGACCUCAUUCAGAAUCGCCUCAGGCUGGAGUGGAUCCUACGGAGAGGAACUGAGGACGAACUGGACGCAGCGAAGUCCCUCUACGUACGGCGCGCUGCGCAGGACGAAGCGAGCGUGCCGAAGGCCACUGUGACGUUGGACAUCCAGGACGCCGCGGACGCAGCUGUGGCGCAGGACCGCCGAAGUUUCGAGAAGUUGGCCUCUAGGUCUGCUGCGGAGGAAGCGAGAGGAGGAGGAGACGAAGAGAGGCAAGAGGAGGCCGGAGAUGGCGAACAUUUUGCGCGUGCGCAGGUCGGCUCGGGGGCUGAGGUCGCUGCGCCCGAUGCCUCUGUCGAGAAGGACGAUGACGCCGAGCUCAAAGGCGAGAAGCGGCAGGAGCAGGGCAGCAGCAGAAAGAAAGCCAAGUUCGAGGCCGUGCCGACACGCGAGGCAGAGACCUCGCUCCCCGACAAGAAGACCAAGGUGACAGACGAUUUCGCAGCUCGUCGCAGAGGGAAGGAGAGACGCCGAGCGCGUGCGAAGCACCCCGAGGCUCAUUUCCUUACGUUCGGGACCUGGGAGUUUCCGCUUGACGACGUUCGCGAAUUCUGCGUGGAGAAGCGCGUUUGUGCGUGGGCUGCGCGAGCGACGCUGCUCAACGCCGCGGGCAUGAAAGUCGGCGAGGUGCUCCUGGACGUGGACAUCUUCACUUCGAAGGAGGCGCGGAGACAACUCAUCGAUUUGUAUCAUUUUCCGCCGCCUGUGCAGCAUGGUCUGGAGCUGCCCCCGCCCAAGCUGUCCCAGAAGAAGCUCCAGCCGUCGACUGAGCGCGCACGGUACGUCGCGGCCGAGGCCCAGGAGGCUGCGCAGCACGCGGAGGCCGCCUCGAAAACUGAAGAGGGAAAAAGCAAACAAAAGGUGCACGCCCCCGUCCGACGCCCGAAAGACCGCGAUGGGACCUACUACGUAUACCUCUACAGCGACUUUUUGCCCAAGACAGACGCGAACUACAACAGCUGCCAGUGGGACAAUUGCGACCCGUUCGUCACUGUCUCCUCACCGAAUGCCUUCGUGGAGCCCAAGACGUGGUCGACGACGGUCAAGAGCAACCGGCAGCGCGAGUGCCUGUGGGACCCGCUGCCCAUCCAAAUGCCUAAAAAUCCCCGCAGACAGAAACUCGUGCUGGACGUAUUCGACUCGGACGCGCCUUUCGCGAGCACGCUGUUGAAGGAGCAGGUCGGCACGGCGCGGCUGCUGCGUGUGAGCCUCAACCGGCCUGUCUGGCUGCACAUGUACGGGGGCAACUUCGAGGGCACGCGCAGCGAAUACAACGUGAUGAUGCUUCGGGGCGGACUCGACCCGCCGUCGACCUACCACGGCUCGCUCUGCGUCCUCGUCGACAGCAAGCGAACGCGCCGCCACGACUGGCCCCCGUUCCCCGACAAAGUCGGGCUGCCAGUGCGAAUCGAAGUCAAACUCGCCCGAGCCCUCUACUUGCCCGACAUGUACAGAGAACGAGAAGUGAGUAUUCUGGUGCAGGUGGCGGGCUGCCUGUUGGAACUCCCCGACGACGACGACCCGCAGCAGAGGAAGAAGAUGGGCUUCCUGCAGCAGUACUCGACGCGCAGGCGGACGCUGACGCGCGACUUGGAGGGCAUUCGCAGCAUCCGCAGCAUGGAGGAGCUGCCCGACUCGAACUUUGACAUUCUCGAGUUCCCGGGCUACGUGGACGCCCGCGGGGUCCUCCGCCUCUACAACUGGGGCAAGAGCCGUGCGGAGAUGACCCACGACACCGUGGAGGCCUACCGGCGAGCCGCGCGCGGGCUCGACGGCGAGGAGGCCGGCGAAGGCGGCGAAGAGCCUCUCGGCCUCGACUCGCGCGCCGCCAGGAGCGAGAGCGAACGCGAGGGCGACGUGCGGCUCCCGCAAUCGCGACUGGAGCAGGACCUGGACUACCCUGAGUCGCUUCUCAACGCCUGGGUCAAGCGGGUCUCCGAGCCCGUCUACCUCCUCCCCAGAGUCCAGUGGGCGUACCUCUACAUCGUGGCUGUCGGCGAAGAGCAGCAGCCGCCGCGGCUCUUUGCGCGGCUGCCGCUCCAUGGCGGCUCGCACCAGGCCACGCAGUUCAUCGAGGGGACCGUCGGCCCCGCCGGCGGAGACGACGGCUGGCCGCCGCCGCAGGCACUCCUCAAGGCGAAGAGACGCAGUCAGGCUGGGGGUGGCGCCUGCGCCGACGAAGACGUGCGAAGGGCCUUUGACUCUCCUGGAGAGAGGCGACCAGGCAUCGAGCCUCUGCCGCCACACCCCGCAGUGCUCCUGCGGGAUAAAGGCACCGCCGCACUGGGGGACGGCAGCAGCACCCUGCGCGAAAGGGAGAAUGCCGCCGUCGACACGCAGAGCCAGAGCAAGUUUAAGUGGACUCAGAUUCACUGGGAUCAGUCCGUCACUGCGCUGCCGGCCUGUCGGUUCCCCUCGAGCUUCGCCGGCUGUCUCCUCGGGCACGCGUGUGCUGUCGUCACCGAAGACCCCGCGCGUUUUCCUUCGCUGCGCAGUGUACCAGCCGACGAGGCGCCCGCGCCCCUCCGACAGCUGAAUCUCCGAGAGACCGCCCAAGAAGUGGUGAUGUACGACGAAGAGCCGCUGGAGGCGGUGCCGCGCCCCGAAGAGGUUUCCGUCAUGUGUGGCUUCGAGCGCGUCACGCAUCGCCAGGGGCACAUUGGCUGGCGGGUCGAGUACGAGUCUCUCCUGAGUCCUCGCUCGGUCGCCGCCGCGUCGCCGCCGCCGCCUCUUGCGAGCUUCCUUGGAGAUGUGUCGCCCUUCUAUCGCCAAGUCUACUUCCACUGCGACAUGCUGCAGGCACGGAACCUGCCUGCGAUGGACGCCGACGCGUCCGUGAACCCCUGGUGGAGCAUCGAAGUCGAAACGGAGGUUGUCAAGUACGUUCAAGAGCGCGACAUCGGCAGAGAUAUGAAGAUCCUGGGCAGCACCGCGAAUCCGUCUUUCCUGGCUCGGACGGCGGUGCCCGUCUUUCUGUAUAUCGCCCCGGCGAUGGACCCCAAGGCCCUGGCGAUGGGGGCCGAGGAGACUCAGGGCGGAGAGACCGCAGCGCAGUCGGUGUCGGGGUCGUCUGGACGGCGCCCUAAGGGCGUCCGCAAGCCGCCGCCGGGUGUCGAUGGGCGCGGCCUCCAAAGGGCUGGUCCCGCGCCUUCGGUUUGCCCGGAGGCCCGCAGCGGGCUUCCGGACUUCGGCAGCUUGCUCCUGCCUCCGCCGCCCAUCGUGACGCGCAUCUUCGACAUCGAUAUCGGCGACAAGGGCGAGAUCGAAAAGGAGAUGAUCAGUGUGGUUGUCGACUGGGAUCCGGCGAACAUGGACGAACGGCAGCGGACGUUUGGCGAUCUGCUGCGGCGCCAGGAAGCGCGGCAGCUGAAGUUGAGGCAGCGCCAGGCGCGCCGGAAAGCAGGCGUCGCAGACCUUACAAACGGCGACUCCCACAGCGCCGCGACGCAUGCGGCUGACGACCCUGCUCGCGCCUUGUCCGUCUCGGCCGCCGAGAGCCGUCCUGCGGCUGCUGUGGAGACGGACCCGAACUUCGCCAACGAAGCGGUGUGGUACGCUCUCCAAGGCAACGAGCAGCUCUCUUUCGACGCCGUGGAGCGCAGCUUCUCCCUGGGCGUUGCGUGGCAGAAGCGACCGCGUCUCCUUGCGUCCGUGGGCUUCUCCGCGGGUGGGUGCUCCGCGCUGGCGAACAACCUGAUCGUGCAGGCUGAGCAGCGCUGGCUGGCGUCUCUCAGCGCGGUCUCGCGGGGCCCGGCGUACGCCGCCGGCAGGCAGGGCUGCGCAUGCGCGACGCCUGAGUGGCUCGUCUAUCGGCUGACCGACCCCGCGGCGGUCCGGGAGGACAAGGGCUGCCACCUGCUGUAUUACCAGAUCGACAUCGACUUGCUCGGGCUCCGCAUGCUCAAGACUGCCGGACUCGAACCCUCGGCCGACUACAUCCUCAAGCUCUCCUCCUUCUGGCCAGAGGACCCCGAGUGCCCUCUCGAAUUCCCGCUCGCCCCCGACGACUUUCCCGGACCGAACAUCGUCGCGCAGUUCGCAGACCAUCUGCUACGGCAGAAACUUCGGCGUAGAGUGGUUUACAUUCCCGACGCCGAGACCUGCCGGAACUCCAAACAAGUUGCGCUGCCGCUUCGCAAAACUCCAGGAUCGACGGGUGUUCCAGGGAAGUGGGUUGGGGCGCGGGUGUCCCCGCCGCUCUUUGUCACGCCAUACCUUCCGUAUCUGCAGUCGAUUCUGACUGAGCAGCAGCUGGUCGAGGAGGCGACGCUCUACGCGCAGAGCGCAGCGGGCGCGGAGGGACUCUUGGCGCACGUGCAGAGUCGCCCCUGGGCGGUUCGCUCCAUUCUGCCUGACAUCAACUUCCGCCUCAGGAGCCGCGAAGGCGGCGACGUCGCCUCGCUGGGCCUCUCCGUGAACGAGUACCUGCGCCUGCCGCAGGGAGACCGCGCGCUCCAGUGCCAGUUGCUCUCUCCGCAGCUUGCCAAACUCCCCGCGCCGAAACUCCACAGAGACCUUAUGGAGCAGUAUCUCAUCCCCGAGCUCCCCUGCACGAAUGUCGCCAACGUCGACGUGCUCGUCGAGUGCUUCGCGGACGCGACGGGCGACCUUCUCUACGACGACGACCUCCUCGUAGGGCGCCUGCUGACUGACCACGAUAUGUUUUUCAUUCGCGAGCUAAACACGAACGAAAUCCUCGUUCACACGCUGAACGCCGACGACUACUUCGUCGGCUGCCCAGACAAGGUCAACGUCCCCUUCGAGGAGCCUGUGCUCAAGGUCGGCGACUUGUCCGACCCGGGGCCCACAGCAGCCGAGUACGACGAGAUGAUGAGCGCACUAAAGAGAGAGAAGGAAGAAAGCAGGCCUUUCUUCGCCGCACUGACCAAGCGGCGAACCGCGAAAGUUCACCCCAGCGAGUCGCUACAAUCGUCGACUUCUGAAGACGCCGCAGAUCAGCAGCGCGUGAGGGCGGCUCUGAGGACGUGGCUCAGGAAGCCAGGCCACAAGACCAACCUGGAGCAGCGCGGGUCCUGCUUGCUAGCACGGCUGCAAAUCAUGAAAACGGUCUACAAGACCGGCGGCCGAAGGAAGACGCGGCGAGCGACUGCUGCGUUGCUCCAGGAUACCUCGUUCGACAGAGAGUUCUUCGGCACGUAUAACAUGAUCAACAUCUACACAAACGAGGAAGGGGUCGUGGUGUGGACGCACGACGAGAAGGACGAGGGAUCAAAGGAGAAGCUUUUCGGCCAGGCCGGCGAGCUCCUCAUGGUCUUUCUCUCUCUCCCAGACAAGAAGUUCCAUCGCAUCUCCGUCCCGAGCUUCGACAUCAGGUAUCCGGCGGAGAACGAUUUCGUGAUUGUGGACACAAUCACAGAGAACAUCCUCGACCUGUCUAAAAUGGCGCUGGAGCAGAAGCUCGCGCGGAUGGCGGCGCAGAUGAAACUGCUGAAGCGGCACUCCGCGAAAGAGGAAAGCGACGAGGGUGACGCCCUCAGCGUGGAGAUCCAGGAGCUGCAGAUCGCCAUCGACAAACUGGUGCCUCUGACGGGAGGCUACCUGAAGAGCCACGACCGCAAGGCAGGCUUCGCGACGCCCCUCGAGGUGCGGCGCGGGCAGCUCGUCUGUCGACUGAAGAAGCGCGGACUGUUCGACCGCAACCAGACGCAGAUCUGGUUCGACAACUUCAACGUUCUGCCCGCCAACAACAUCACGAGCUACCUUGAGUGGGGCGAGGAGAAGAAAAAAGUCGCGCAAUUGAAGGGCUGGCUCAAAGUGACUGACGUGACGGAGCAGCGCGAGGCUGCGCUCGCGCAGGGCGCGCGCAGCCAGCGUUCGUCGUCGGCCUCCCUGUCCGCGCUGGAAAGCCUGCUGCGCCCAGAGGCGUCUGGGGGGGCAGGGGGGCGAGGGACGCCGUCGGGGCGCGUGCGCUCCGACGGCGAGGCGAAGAGACCGGGGAUGAGUGGAGCGCAGGCCGGAGACCCCACGCUGGACACCGGCGAGGAGGCCGAGGGGCACGAACCGUGCAGGUUGGGCGCGGCACGCGGAGGCGAGAAGGCGAAGAGCGGGACUUCGCCGCCAGCGGAGAGCGAGAGCAGCGUCUCGACGCGUUGCUCGCUGGAGACUGAAGAGCGGCGAACGCCGCGCGUGACGCUCGCGCCGCCCAUGCAGCGGUGGGUCGUCGAGACGGUCGUUGUGCAUGUGUACGUCCUCACGGGCCGCAGCCUCCUCAACGUCGACUGGUUUGGGAAGAGUGACCCGUACCUCAGACUCUGCCUCGCCGACCAAACCGUCGUCUCUGACAACGUCUUCAGCAACAACGACAGUCCUGAUUUCUACGAGCACUUUGUGUUCUCCGUCCUCAUUCCCGGCGCCGCCAAGUUGAGAAUCACGGUCAUGGACAAGGGCGAUAUGCUGGCAGCCGAUUCACCCAUAGGCGAAGCCACGCUUGACCUCGAGGAAAGGCCAGUCACGUGGAAGGACAAAGAGACGUUCCUGCCCCCGCUUCAGACGUUUCCAAUCGAGUAUCUGACGCUUGACAAGAGCAGUGAAGAAGACGACCAAGGCAUUUCCUGCGGGACGCUCAGGUGCCUCGUCGACAUGGUGGCAGACGGUUCUCCGUAUGACCCGCUUCCCGUAAACAACUUGGCGGUCACUCAGGAGUUCGAGCUGCGCGUUGUCAUAUGGGACGUGACAGACAUUUCUGUCUUCAAGGGAGCUUCGGGAGAGCGCAACGACGUGAAGGUUCGAGUCGAGCUCUAUAUGACUGGCAUCGAUCUUCAAGAUACGUACGAAGUGUACUACACCGACGUGCAUCUAUUUGCGAAGACGACGGCGACGUUUAACUGGCGCAUCGUGAAGCAGAUAAGCCUCCCCCUCGCAGCGUUGAGUCUCAAGUUCACCAUCGUGGACAACAACGCAGUGUUCGAUGACGAUGCGCUGUACGCGCCCGAGAGCCUCAGCCUGGAGGCCUUGACGCACACUACGAUGGCUCGCCUGCGCGCCGACGAGAGUCUUCUUGAUCCGUUGGACUACACUAUCGCGUUCGACGAGCCGAUGGGGCAAGGCAUGACUACGGCUGCGCCCGCGCACCUGCACUGCACAGUCUCUCUCGUGCCGAAGGACGUCGCAGAGCGCCAUCCCGCUGGACAGGGGCGCGCAGGCCCAGACGCGCUGCCCGAACCGACAGAUCGGCCUUCGCCGAACCUCAUGUUCACCGAUCCCGUGGCAUACUUAAAUCUGGUUAUUGGAGAGCAGACGUGCGCGCUCAUCAAAGCGAGUAGUGCCUGUUUCUGUGGCAUUUUGGUUCUGGGUAUCAUUGCCUUUGUUAUCGCUCUGGUCGUCAUCGCGGUGCGCAUGCCCUGA